AUGUUUGAAGGAGUACUCUCAUUAAUAGCGUGGAUUUGUGCUAAAUCAACCAAGAGCCCUAUUCAGACUAUUGUUAUUAGUGCAUUAUGUGCCUUGACGGCCUACUUUUCCAUUCUCGACUUGUCGAUUCCCGCUUAUGCAAGCACCCUUUCUCGUAGUUACUAUUUUUCUGGCCUUAACUGCCCAAAUGGUACUUCUACAUGGGUGCCCGUGCCAGCAGGUGGACUUGAUGGAUUUGCUGAUAUCUCGGAAGCUACUCCUCACUAUGUUGGAGCUAAGAUUCUUUUCGCUGCUAGUUCUUCCUCCUCGUUGCCGGUGAUUUCCCAGGCUGUUGAUGGUCCUACCAAGUUUGAAAAGGAAAUAUUGAUUCCUGAAGCUGAGUUUUCAGAAUGGUUGUCUUCCCUUUCUGAGAUCAAUUCUGAGGAUCAAAAAGACGUGUGGAGAUUAAGAAAGUCGUUCAGUUUAUUCUUCUGGUUGAGAUGGAAGCUCACCAGAUUGGCUGAAUUAAUUCGGAGCACUGAGAACUAUGAUCUUGCUGUGGUGGGUAUGGCCUAUUUGGGAAUGUACUAUACAUUUUUCUCAUUGUAUUUUUCAAUGCGUAGGUUAGGCUCUAAGGCCCUGUUAUUUAUCUCGGUUCUAUUAUCUUCUACAUUUGCAUUUAUGUUUGCCUAUGUCACAUUGUGUUAUUUGGGAAUCCCUAUUUCUAUUGCAAGUCUUUCAGAAGGUUUGCCAUUCUUAGUAGCGACAAUUGGUUUUGAAAGCAAAAUAUCUUUAACUAGAUUAGCUCUUCGUGAAUCCAGAGGUAAUUCCGACCGUGCAUACGGACAAACUAUUUACUCUGUUAUUUGUAGCGAGGGCAAAGCGAUUUUCAAGGAUUAUGUCCUUGAAAUUGGAACCCUGAUGGCUGGCUCAUUUUCCGGUGUCAAUGGUUUAUGGCAAUUUUGUUUCCUUUCCGUUUGGAUCUUGUUCUAUGAUUUUAUUAUGUUGGUCACGUUUUAUUCGGCUAUUCUGUCCAUCAAGGUCGAAAUGACUAGAAUUGAGCGUAAUGAUAUUAUUCGUAGUGCAUUGGAAGAGGAUGGUGUUUCCCAUGAAGUUGCCGAGUCUGUUGCUGAUAGUACACUACAUGUUACUGAAAGUGAACUUGGUAGACCAUUUAGAAGGAGCUUUGGCAGAAAUAUUGUUCAGCUUGGCAUUGUAGUAUGUGGAUUUGUCUUACUAAACGCUGUUCAUUUCAGCGAUUUCCCAUUCAACCUUCCAUUUUUGUCCAAUGGUAGCAACUCUGCUACUGGUGAAAAUGAGAACCCACUCUCGAAUCAUAUUCUCAAGUCUCAAAACAUCAUUGGAUCCUCAACAGGCGCCGUUGUCACGGUUUUACCAACUCUUGUCUUGGAACACUCUCAAUUCUCGGUUCGCGUUGAGGAUGAAAUUCGUUCUAUUCUAGGACUUUGGACUAGAAUUGUUAGUGAUCCAAUUAUCAGCAAGUGUAUUGUCAUUGUCCUUGCAGUAAGUGUGGGACUGAACGCUUAUCUCUUCAAUGCUACGACGAAGAAUACCGUUGUCAAAAUUGUUGAGAAGCGCGUCGAGGUUGAAAAGAAGGUCCCGGUCAUUGUUCGAAGUUCUUCUUCUGAUAGUGAGGCAUCUGAUAGCGGUGAUGAUAGCAUGCUUGAACUAGCCAGCAGUAAAAAGAAUCCUAAGACAAGAUCCAUUGAUGAGUGUAAGGCCAUUUUGAAAGCUGGUAAUACCAAAGAGCUCACUGAUGAUGAGGUCAUUAAUCUUGGUGUUGCUGGUCUGCUACCUCUGUAUGCCUUUGAAAAGCAUCUAGGUGAUAAGACUAGAGCUGUCAAAGUUCGCCGUGCCACUGUGUCACGCAUUUCUAAUACCAAAAAUCUUGAGAAUAGCUUAUUGCCUUACCUCAACUACAACUAUGAGCGUGUUUUUGGCGCUUGUUGUGAAAAUGUUAUUGGUUACAUGCCACUGCCAGUCGGUGUUGCAGGCCCAUUGAUAAUAGAUGGCAAAGAGUAUUUCAUUCCCAUGGCUACUACGGAAGGGUGCCUAGUGGCUUCUACUCAACGUGGUUGUAAGGCUAUGAACGCCGGAGGCGGUGUCCGAACAGUUAUAACAGGUGAUGGUAUGACAAGAGGACCCUGUGUACGAUUUGCUAGUUCUCAGAGAGCCGGUACUGCUAAAAUCUGGCUCGACUCUGAGGAGGGCCAAAAGGCUAUGAAAAAGGCUUUUGACUCCACUUCACGAUUUGCUCGUCUUCAGACUAUGACUACGGCUCUGGCGGGAAGACUUCUUUUUAUUCGUUUCCGUACCACUACUGGUGAUGCAAUGGGUAUGAAUAUGAUUUCAAAGGGUGUUGAAUUCGCACUCAAUGAUAUGGUUAAAAACCAUGGAUUUGAAGAUAUGGAGAUUGUUUCAUUGUCAGGAAACUACUGUACUGAUAAGAAACCUGCCGCCAUCAACUGGAUCGAGGGAAGAGGAAAGAGUAUUGUGGCUGAAGCCAUAGUUCCAGGAUCGUUUGUACGCACUACUUUAAAGAGUAGUGUUGAGGCAUUAGUUGAGCUCAAUGUUUCUAAGAAUCUGAUUGGUAGUGCUAUGGCAGGUAGUAUCGGUGGAUUUAAUGCCCAUGCUGCCAACCUUGUGACAGCUAUCUACCUUGCUACAGGUCAGGAUCCAGCACAGAAUGUUGAGAGUUCUAACUGUAUGACUCUGAUGGAAAAUGUUGACGGAGACUUGCACGUUUCAGUCUCGAUGCCAUCUAUAGAAGUUGGAACUCUUGGUGGGGGCACAAUUCUUGAACCUCAAGCAGCAAUGCUUGACUUAUUAGGUGUUCGUGGACCCCAUCCCACAACACCCGGAGCUAACGCUCAACAGUUGGCUAAAAUUGUUGCAUCUGGUGUCCUUGCAGCUGAACUUUCAUUAUGUUCUGCUCUGGCCGCUGGCCAUUUGGUACAAAGUCAUAUGACUCAUAAUCGAUCACAAGCACCUACUGCAACGUCGUCGGCUGUGAACAUGGCUAAAUUUGCCCAAGAUUCAAAAUUAUGCAUUAAGUCAUGA